UCAGUCGAAGUAGAACUGUUAUUCGAUGUGCAUCGCAUUUUGAAGCAUCUGAGUCAAAAACAAAAAGUGGUUAUUUCAUUUUGAUCCUAGAUUGUAAAUUUUGGAAAUUUAAGAAAGAAAUGAAAAAGCAUCGUCAGUUAUAAAGCAUUUAAUUAUUAUUUUAUUCUCGUGAAGGCUCGAAAUAGUUCAUUUUAUACAUUUUGCCAACAUAAAACGAAACAUAUUAGAUCAGAGUGAAAAUGGUGGCGCAAGCAAGGUCAUCGCAUAUAACAAACGUUCCACCAACAUAUUACGCCAAAUCAGGCCGAGAAACAAAAGUAUGGUUAGAUUCAAAGCGUGACGACGAUAAUGUCGAAGAUGGCUUGUGGCGCAUUCACAAUACGCUUUAUGAUUUGAGUGACUUCAUAAAUAAGCACCCUGGCGGACCAGAUUGGCUGAAAAUGACUAAAGGUCAUGAUAUCACCGAAGCUUUUCUCUCACAUCAUUUAGAAACGGAAAAAUUGCAGCCAAUUUUGAAUAAAUAUCAAGUGAAAGAAACAACUCGACCGAGGAAUGUGAAGUUGACCUUUGACGAAAAUGGAUUUUACAUGACUAUUCGACGAAAAGUUGCCGCUAAAUUACCGGAAAUAAAGCAACGCACCAAAGUUUACUCGAAGUUCUACAUUGACGGUUUAUUUGCGCUGACUCUUGUAACGGCUAUUCUCGCUCAACGCUUCCAAAGCAUAUCAAUGGCGAUUCUGUGCAGUUUAUUCUUCACAUGGACCGGUGUUUGUGCCCACAAUUAUCUACAUCAACGCGAUAAUUACCGAAUGAAAUAUUUUAAUCUGAUUUUCAUGAGCUAUCGCGAUUGGCGUGUCAGUCAUGCGUUAUCACAUCAUUUGUAUCCAAACUCAUUACUCGACGUUGAGCUGAGCACACAUGAACCGUUUAUGAAUUGGGUACCAAGCCCGACCGCAAAAAAUCUUUUCCAACGCUAUGCUUCUUAUAUCUAUUCUACGCCAUUUUAUUGCCUCUUCUAUUUGAUUGAAUUUGGCAAAAAACUGUAUUACUCUACGACUCGUGGCUACAAAAUGCACUUGGACGAAUUUCUCCCAUUCAUAGUUCCAGUCAUUAUGUACUUAUUCGGAGGAGACCACUCAUUUGUGUCCGCUAUGAAACUAUUUCUAGUCAUUACAUUAUCUGGCGGUUUCAUCUUUGGAAUUAUUGGAUGGAAUGCUGGACACCAUCACCCGGAAGUGGUUCAUGAUGGAGAUGCUGUGCGCAAAGGAUAUGAUUGGGGUCUCUAUUCCAUCGAUACAAUAAUGGAUCGUCAAGAACUGCGUGGCAACACUUUUUUGGCCUUAGCCAAUUUCGGUGAUCACGCUUUGCAUCAUUUGUUCCCAACGCUUGACCAUGGAAUACUGCCGCAAUUGUACGACAUACUGUUUGAAACAUUAUUAGAGUUCGAAGCAGAGUGCCAGUGCUAUCCAUGGUUCUUUGAGACGAUCAAAGGGCAAUUCAAACAACUCUCAAGAGUUGAACCGAUGACACUUGAUUCUCACCAGAAAUAUUUGCUGAAAAAUGGUAAAAAAUCGAAAUAAACAACAAAACAAAUCAACGAUAGAAAUGAACAACAUGGCCACAGAUGACCAAAUUAGUAGAUAAUUUCCAAAAUCUAUUUGCAUUUUUUUUAAAUUAAAAAAUAAAAACACUCGAUUACAGUUGUUGACAUCAAAAUGAUGACUUUUUGAUGUUUUUUGUUUGAAUGUUUAAUGAUUGCACAACACCAUUAGAUUUAUGAUUGUGACGAUGAAUUAAAUUAACGAAUGUUCUGAAUCAAAAUGGAAUUUUUGAACAAAAAAUACUCCAUAACCAAAGACGACUUUCAAAGCUGAGCCUCAAUUUGAAACGGUGUGUAUUGAAGAGACGAUGAUGGGCACCUUAACUCGGUCGAUGUUGAUUCUAACAAUUAUUUUCAUCAUAUUUGAUGGGAAUUUGUUCUUUUUGAACGCUUUGGUAAAAUGAAAUUUUUUGCAAUUUGUUGCAGUAGACGUUUGGUUUAUAUUAUUUUUUAAAUUGAAAUAACAAUUUUUUUCACAGAAAAAUACGAUUUUAUUCGAGAGGAUACAGUGUUUGCAGAAUCAAAAUGGAUCGCUUGCUGAUACAAAGUGUGAUGUCAAACAAAAUAGUAGAACUACUUUGAAUGUCAACGUUGUCAUAAACUUGACACAGCCCGUCAAAGAUGUUUGGAUCCACGGAGUGUUUUAUUAUAAAUACAAUUACUAUCAAAAGUUUCCGAUUGAUUUAUGGGAAAAUCUGUGCGGAUGGUUGAAUGGCACCAGCAAAUCCUAUUUAUUGGAUUGGACGGCACGACAAGUGUUGAAAUAUUCUAAUAUGAAUCAUUCGUGUCCAUUCUCAGGUGUUGUUAUUGUGAAUACAACAAGUUUACCAAUUGUACGUCUUUUGGAAUUCGAAUCAUUUCUUCCAGCCGGACGCUUUCGUAUGGACCUAAACCUUACGGAAGGAUAUCAGAAAAAAGUUUUCUUUAUGUUGAAAUUUCACUUUUCCAUUUCGGAUAAUCGAAUUGAACGAGUUUAAAUGACGAAAACUGUAAAAACAAAGUCGUUUUAAGGCUGGGAUGGAACAAAAAAAAAUCUCAUCAAAAAAAAAUUCCUUAAAUGAGUUUGUGAAAAAUUUCGCUUAUAAUUAUAUCUCAUUGUUAUUUUAAAUAUUCAUUUGAGAAAAUCAUUAUAGAUAAUAAUUGGUUUGUAAUGCGUUAAUUCACGCAUAUUUCCCUUUUUCAAGUUCAUAUUGUAAAUGACCCAUUAAUUUCGUGCGAUAUUUUAAAUAUCCAUUAAAAACCAGUAUUCCAAUUUCCAGUAAUUUAGUAAUGCGGUCAUAAUUGUACAAUGUUAUUGUAAUGAUAUAGUGCUUGAAUAAAGAUGACGCUAAUGAUUCAAGCCAUUUCCUGUCAGAAUAUUCUUACAGGUGAAUCGAAUGCGUUGCGUUAUUUUAAUGCAUCCAUAG